AUGAAAGACCUCGACGUGGAAGCAUUCUUGGGUCAUAUGGCCCCCCUCGGUAAUAAAGAAACCCUCACGCCCGGCGAAGCGCUGUUACUUCAGCUUAAAAUCGCCGAGCUAGUUUUGGACAACACAAUUGAUGUCCCACUUCUCAAAUUUUUGAGCCGAUUUUUGACCCAGCAAUCGUAUGACGAGUUGGUUGAAGAGCGUAACAUCGAGCACCAGUGUGGCUACCCUUUAUGUGGGAAAUCGCCCAAGCACCAAGUUAGAAGACCUUCCAAUAGUGGAGCCAUGGAAACUGCCACCAGAUACCAAAUCUGGAACCGCAAACCGUCCAUGAUAUUGCCAAACACGUACUUGCUGCAGUACUGUUGCAAGGAACAUUACCAGGCAUCGUUGUUCUACCGCAACCAGCUCUCACAAGAGGCUGUGUUUGCACGCAAGAACAUUUUGGUGGUGCCACCAUUUGCUUCUGUGGCAGGGCCUUGGUACGAAAACAAUAUUACAUGUUUAGAGGAGGUACUUGCUAAGCACCGUGAGAUGAAGCAGCAGGGCAAGUCACUUAGUGAGGUGAUUGCAAUGAUAAAUGGCUUGCUGGUGGCUGACAGCGAAAGUAGCGAAGUAUCGGACUUGGUAAAACUCAUCCAGGACUUCGAUAUCAUCGAACAUGAAGGUGGUGUUAUAGGUGAAGACCCAGACGAUGUGGAGUACGAUAAAGAAACAGCAUCCAAAGGUGUAGACGGCUACAUCACUACGAGCCGCAGCUUUGGUGGAUAUGUGGUUUAG